AUGCUGUCAACUGCGUUGAGAGGCUAUGAUUGGGACAUCUUUGUGCCCAGCGAUUUUCAGAUGCGCGACGUCCCACUUAGAGCGCUGGUAUAUACCACUGUCAUCGUCAUCUGCGGGGCGAUUAUCAAUAGCGAUCCGUACGAUUAUUCUGUCCAUCAUCCGUAG